AUGGAUCUGUUGAUGCGGCAUCAGAAUGACAAACUCGACCAAAAAUACCAUGCCAUGCAGUCGAACACCUCCCCGCGCAAGAGCGCCGCCUCUCCUUCACCUCAGUCCACUAACUCGCGUUCGGGUGAUAAAGACUCACCGUAUGCCGCGAGCGAUAGACUGAAGAUCCAUCGUGUAAGCAAUAUUGGAUUGCAAGUGGACAGCAUCACCCCAGCUAUCAUUCAGCCAAGCAGCGACGUGGCCAUUGCCUUUUUCGUUUUCAAUUUCAACGGAGGAGUAUAUCUUGACUAUUUACCAAGGCUAUACGGCGCUGCCGACAGGUCAUCUUUGCUCGAGGCUAGCUUUGAAGCAGUGGCCAUCUCCUAUUUUAGUUCUCGACGACGCUGCCCCAGUCUGAUGCGACAAGCAAUGGAGAGGUAUUCGAUAGCGUUGCGAGAGACCAAUCACGCCGUUUCUACGCCGAAGAAAGCUGCACAGGACGACACUGUUGCUUCUGUGAUGCUUCUGGCUCUCUUCACAGCCUUGUCAUGCGAUGCAGCCGAGGCCUUGCCCGUCUGGUCAAAGCAUGUCAGCGCGGCGAUGGAAUUGAUGCUCUUGAGAGUAUCGCGAGAUUCGAGCAGCGACACGGACCAACAUUUAUUGAGCCAUAUUGUCAGUUCGGUCUACCUGGAUUGUUAUGCACAACGAAAGGCCCUGCCGCUAUCGUUGUCCCUCCUCCGGCGUCGCUCUCUGCUGUCAACCCAAUUUCAAUUGCAAUUUUGGACUGUGACAGAUACUCUGGCAGGUCUGAGGCAGGAUGCAAUCGAGGGUCGGUUGGAAGACCUCGAUGUUCUCAAGCAAGCACUCAUUCUCCACAGACAAGCGCGCUCUUUGCUUGAACAUUUGACACGGACCCACGACAUCAUAGCCCAUGCUCAAGGACAUAUUCGUAUCUCGUGUGAUUACGAAACCCACCGUCGAAUCCAGGCACGCAACACACUACUCAUGAUCCUCAUGGACCUGAACGAGCUCUUGUGCGUCCAUGGAAGGCGGUACGUGUCAAUGAGUCCUGAAUACCACGCCUUAGAUCGAAUGUGGAUGGAAACGCAGGCAAACCGAGCUACUAAGGCCUACGGGGAAGUUGUCGAAGAGAUAUACGAGAGUAUACCGCCGUUCCUGAAAAAGGGUCAGCGACAAGCAACUCCGGGGACGAACACCGAUAUGUGGAUCUGCAGCUUCCUCUGGCCUUUUUCGAAGGCACUUGAGUCGCAAGGUGUCCUGGCAACGGAUCUGACAGAUAGAAUUAGGCGCCAGUUGGAGCAUUUUGCAGAAGUCUGUGAUAACCGUCAGCUUUCCAAGGUGAUCGUUCAGCUGUCGGAGAGUGGCACAGCUCCAGCUCAUUUCCAUGCGCUCUAUCUAUGUUGA